CCUCCACACAAUCCUCGGUUCAGACCGUGAACAGACAGUGCCCGAGCUCUUCCUCUCCCUUUUCUCGCUCUCACCUGGUCACACCACCACCGUCAACCAAGUCUUGCUUCGAGGUGCAACCGCGAAAGCUCACUGUGCUUUCUCCUCAACCAUUAACACACCUUCACGCUAAUUGCAACAGUUAAGACGAGACAACAUGACGCAUCACCACAAACUACCAGUAAUUCACCCCUUCCGCACCAGCCAACAGUCUUCCACUCCCACCACAGCUUGAACCUUCAGUAACGAGAUUUACUAUUAUGGAAAAACAGUCAUCACAUCUUGGACCGUACUACUCUCGCACCGUUUCGAGUGUGGUGACUACUGCUCUGGAGAAAGUGGUUGUCUCAGAACUCGUUGAGCAAAAGUUUGCGGCAGGUGUAAAAGAAUCUCUCUUGUAGUUUCUCACGUUGUGUGAAGAAUAAUGUAAACUGAAUCAUUGAACGGAGGACACGAUUGAGUUCAGGAUUUGUACACAUUCUGUUUUUUUAGUUUUUUACACACGUCGAGGAGUUAUUUAAUCACCAAAAGUAAUGGUUGCAAUACUCAUUGAUUCCUUGGUCAUGUUUGGUUUGUCCUCAUGAAUGUGGAGCAGCUGCCUCUGAUUGCAGCAGGAGGAGGCGGAGUGGGAGGAGUGGUGGGAGGAGGCGGCGGCGGUGGAGUCGUUGCGACCGAGGAAGAAGAAAACAUUUCGUUCUUCCUUGCCGACCGUGAAGGUGGGUGUAUAAGAAAGCCAGUCGAUGGUUUUAGGAGCCACUACGUUGCUUCGAAUGCUGCAAUAUUUGAAGAUCUAGGACCCUCUUUAAUGUUAAAAUCAUCAUUAAUGUUUUCUUAGUGAUCCCCAAACGACUUGCGUAAUUCCCCAAAACUAUAAUUAAACACAAUUAAUAAAAAUAGACUUAAUUCUGUCAUAAUUCUAUAAUUCGCUGGACAAGUAACAACCAUACCCGGAACAUUUAAUACAAAGUGUGAAGAAAGUGAAGGUAUUUUUUAACAUUGCGUUUUGGAAUGAGGGUUGACCAUGAUCCUGUAUAGUGCUUGCUCAGUGUAUUAUUAUACAUUUAUAACUAUGCACUUCUCGUAUAUUUGACUUGGUUAUUUGUGAAAUGACUUUCGAGGAUAUAAAUACGUACAAUUACGACAUGGAUCAUACCCCUUUUUUCCUUCCCCAGCACUAAGAAAACUGAAUGCCAGGGAUGAUUUCUACUGCAUUUACACUAAACUUGGCAAUUCCUGUAACUCACGUAAGCAGUGAGACGAAUGAAAAAGUGGUUGAUUAACACGUACAAGACAAUGAGCUAGUGAUAUGGCUCCUGAAAGUUUUGCUCACAAUUUUCUAUUCUAUUUUCUCCUCAUCGUUUCCGGAAUACUUUUGAAGCAAGGUACAUGCUCCGAAGACGAAGAGAGAUUAGUACGUGAUCUUUUUCGUGGCUAUAAUAAAUUGAUAAGACCAGUGCAAAACAUGACAGAAAAAGUGCAUGUGAAAUUCGGUCUUGCCUUUGUCCAGCUCAUCAACGUGAACGAGAAGAAUCAAAUCAUGAAGAGCAAUGUGUGGUUGAGACUUGUAUGGUCCGAUUACCAACUAAGGUGGGAUGAGGCAGACUAUGGAGGAAUAGCAGUACUUCGAUUGCCACCCGACAAAGUUUGGAAGCCAGACAUAGUGCUGUUCAAUAAUGCUGAUGGUAAUUACGAAGUGAGAUACAAAUCAAAUGUUUUAAUAUAUCCAAAUGGAGAAGUGUUGUGGGUCCCACCUGCAAUUUAUCAGAGCUCUUGUACAAUAGACGUGACCUACUUUCCAUUUGACCAGCAGACUUGUGUCAUGAAAUUUGGCAGUUGGACAUUUAAUGGAGAUCAAGUUUCACUCUCAUUAUACAACGAUAAAAACUUUGUCGACCUGUCAGAUUAUUGGAAAUCAGGGACAUGGGAUAUAAUUGAAGUGCCAGCCUAUUUGAAUGUGUAUGAUGGAAAUCACACUGAAACGGACAUUACGUUUUACAUAACAAUUCGAAGAAAAACACUCUUCUACACUGUAAAUUUACUGCUCCCCACAAUGUUAAUUUCAACGCUCUGCGUCUUGGUUUUCUACUUGCCAGCUGAAGCAGGAGAGAAAGUGACUCUGGGUAUAUCUAUCCUGCUUUCACUGGUUGUGUUCUUGUUGCUCGUGUCCAAGAUCCUUCCACCGACUUCCCUUGUUCUCCCGCUCAUCGCCAAGUACCUCCUCUUCACCUUUAUAAUGAACACCUUCUCUAUUUUGGUUACCGUUGUCAUCAUCAACUGGAACUUCCGAGGGCCACGAACCCAUCGGAUGCCCCAUUGGAUACGCGUGGUCUUUCUCAAAUAUCUCCCGAUUUACCUAUGUAUGCGGCGACCCAGGAAGACCAGGCUCCGAUGGAUGAUGGAAAUGCCAGGUGCCGAAGUUCCGACGUUCGGAACUGCGGAGCGGGCCCCUCCGAAUCCAGGCUUCCAUAUACCUCCAGACAUCCCUGCCAAACACUCCUUAGAAGCCCUGGAGCUAGCUGACCUUCAUCAUCCUAACUGUAAGUUAGGGGCACACUACAAAAACGCUCAAGAGCGAGAGCGAGAGCGAAGGGAGAGUGAAAGCUCAGAUUCCUUGCUACUAACUCCAGAAGCCUUCCGAGCGACGGAGGCCGUGGAAUUUAUUGCCGAGCAUCUCAGAAAUGAAGAUGAGUACAUCCAAAUUCGUGAAGACUGGAAAUACGUUGCAAUGGUAAUUGAUCGGCUUCAACUUUGGAUUUUCUUCCUAGUGACAGCCAGUGGGACUUUUGGCAUUUUGUGCAAUGCCCCCCACAUAUUCGAACCUGUCGAUCAAGAUAAAAUUAUUGAACUGUAUCGUGGAAAAUAACAGCGUCGAAACUUUUAUUCCUUCCUUUUACACUUUGUAACAGUAAAACUUGUACUACUAAUGCUCCCUCUUCCUCAGCCGUCUUGGGAUUAUACUGGCACAUCAAAAUUCUGACAAAAUGCUCUUCACUGACGGUUUUAUACGAGGUGAAGGAAUCAGUGAUAACUUAUAAUCCAUGUGUCAACCCACAUACAUAUUUAUAACGCGUCACCAACAUCCAUUCAUGGCCAUGGACUGUAUGACGGUCUACACUUUUGUAUGUACUGUUACUCUGAUGUAAUAACGUGUUUAAAUUGUCUUUUGGAAUUAAAAUCUUAAUUCUCAGAGGUGAAAGCUUCUAGUAACAAUACCCGCAACCUCUGUGUGCUGAAUAAUUUUGUCAAUGUAUGUCAAGGCGAGUUGUGUUUGUAAUGCUCGAAAAUGCUCAAUGGUAGAUUGAUACUCUAAAAAGAAAGCAAAGGAUCGAAUAAGCCAGCGAUAGAUUAGGACAAAAUCAUACCACUUUAAUACCAAUAUUACUUAUUAAUUAUAAGUUGAACUAGUUUCUUGAAAUCUUUAAUAACAUAAUUAAUUGAUAAAAUACAUGAUUUGGUCCUGGAAUACCAUGAAAUUAUGCAAUUUAUGUGUAACUAUAAGUUAACGAAUCAACCUAAUUAAUAUUAAUACUGCUAUUUAUACUAUUGCAACAAAGAACCAGUGUCGAGUGCUAAUAUUGAGAACCCUCGUAAACUUAACAGUUUAAUUGGUUAACAUAUGUAUGUAGACGUUGUAUAACAUGCUGUAGUGAAUACAAAUCAUUAUUAUUAUGUCAACCUAUCCGCAAUUAGUUCGAGGAAAAUAUUGUGAAUUAUCCAUUUACCCGUGAUUACGAGUUGUAAAAACCUGUCGAUUAUGUAUUUACUGGUGACACCAAACAGUUUAGUUGCACAAAUACUGCACAUUAAGAUGCUUAUUAAUCUACCUUCCAAACCUGCUUCUGUGUAUUAUUGAUCAGUCAAUAAUUGCAGUUUGACUCUCCAAAAGUUAGGUAUUAUUAUUAGAGUGGCAUUUAGUCGCCCCUUGUCUAUUCUUAGCGUAUGUAAAUACCCAAAAUUUAAAGUGUUUCAAUUCAAUGUCCUUCUGCUUUCCUUAUCAGUCGACAAACUUGCUGGUGCUAUUUUUCGUUUUCUUUUCACAUUACUUACCAUCACAGUUAAUUCGGUGCUGUAAGAUUGUUUUAACAAUUUAAACACAACAACAUGUAAAGAAAAUCUGUUGGGAGACAAAUAAUAAUACAUCACUCCAUCUACUGCUUUUGAAUGUCUUAAAUAGAAUACGAUACAAUAGUUUGGAUUAAAAAGUGUGACCGUGGUACUAACUAAAUCAAGUAAACUAAUCAUAAUAAUAUUUCACAAACUGCCGUUUUGUAUAUACCAAUUGAACACUUAUCCGUAACUAAACUAGCUCAUGUAUAGAAAACGCUAGUGGAUAACAUAACAUAGAAUAAGUGUAAGUACAGAAAAUAGGUAACAAAUAAUAAACAACGUCGAACUUUUAGUUUAAACUAAUUGUAAGUUAACGCGACUACGACGACGCGACGACUAUGAAUGGGUCAAAUUUCUGCGUAUUCCAAUACACUUGAUUGUGACCACACAACAAAAGCCGAAAUAAUUGAGCGUGAUUGGAUUGGAAAUACUUAAUAAAUGUUCAUUGCAUGUUUUUAUACAAAGGUAUGUACAUGCUACUACAUUACACUAUACCUACACGUAAGUGAUACGGAUAAUAAGAACUUUGCUAUUGAUAAACGUAUUGUUUUAAUUCUUGCAAGUAUUUUUAAGAGUGAGACUAGGAUAUACAAACAGUCGGAUGAGAUCCAUACAUGCAAUGCUGAAUAUUUAUUGUAUUAUUCCUAAUUUAUAAUUCGGAUAAAAACGUAACACGACAACCACGACUUUCACCACGAGUGGGUUGUCUCGACGGAUGUUACAUCUCCAACAAUCGAAUUACUUAAUACAAUACUCUAGACGACUCUGUUGAUAAAUAAUUCUGGCAAAAUAAACAGUUGAAGAGUGGAUGAAAUUUCUGUACGCAUAAGUAUGUAUGUACUUCUACAUACCCAAUACUACUCCUACAACAUUGUACAUUAAUAAAAGAUUAAUGAACGUAGAGAAACACGAUUUAAGGUGAUAUUAUACUGAACGCCGUGGCGGUACCACUUUUGUGCUACUACACUGCAUGUACAGUUAAUAGGUCAUUGGAGAGGCUCUCGUACACUACAAGCCCGUGUACUUACAUUAGUAUUAUUACAACAUACACGCAGAGAUACUUAUGUACUUCGGUUAACUUAAUAAACAAACUGUUGAGACUUAAAACAAA